AUGGAGUCCGUGGAGCCAUUUAAAGCUGAAACGGAGCUGCUACACACCGGCGGUAACAGAUCGACGUCUGACGCAAAUAUACCUAUUGUCAUUGAAUCCGAGUCCACCGAAAAUAUACAAUCUAAAUACCAACAAAAGCCCAAACAAAGUCCGGAUGAUAUUAAAUCAGAAACGGCUAACACAAUAACAGUUGCCGAAGAAGAAUCAGGAUCUCUCGAUAGACAGACAAAGACCACAGACAUUAGAUCGGAGACACCUGACAAAUCAGACACGGAACAAGUGACUGACGACAAUUUGACAAUCAUCAAGGAUCCUUCGUUGUCAUGUUUCCGAUCAUCUGUCAAAAUCGAUGAUAAUCUCCAUGUAAAUGAAUCACAAAUAAAUAUUCAUAAAGAUAAUUUAGAGAUUGAUGCAUCACACGUUUUGCAAGAUGGAACAUCAAGCAGUAGUGGGGCGUGGUCUUCGUGUGAGCGGAUGCGGUUUGUAGUGUCGUCUUUGGUGUUGGAACUCGCGGGCGGAGCGGAUGAACCGCCGCUAUUGGCGUUACAUCUGGACCGUGUCGCUCUAUUAAUUCACCAAGACGAUAAGGGCACAAACACGACGUUAUCGAUAGCGGGCGUUCAAAUCGACAAUUUGCAAUAUUCAAGCGGACAGUACGAUUUCGCCGUGGUGGCGUCCACGGCUAACGAACGCACGUGUGAUGACCGAUGGCCAUUCCUAUGGGGCAUGCUGAUCGAUAUAGAUGCGUUCCGAAUGCGACACGAAAACGCUCGUGUGCUGCUGAAAUUACGCCGCGACAAUUGGUCUAUACCCUCUGGUACAUUUAGUGAAAUAACCGAAGUGGAAUUAUCAAUGGGCCCGCUCGCGUUGUACGUGGAGGACGCGUACGUGCGAAUGUACAUAGCACUGGAUCAGAGUCCUCUGCAGCUUGGCGCGUUCCAGCUGAAGGACGCCGUCACAUCCGUGGAGCAACUCACACACGCCCUCACUGUCCACUACCUAUCCGCCGCCAUAUUAGGUGCAGGGUGGGUAGUAGGCGGGUUAGAGCUGCUAGGCGCCCCUGGUGCACUAGCCGCCCGCGUAGGAGGUGCGGGGGGUGGGGUUCGAGGUGUGGCCGUGGCCGCUGCCGCCGCGCUUGUUCGAUCGUUGGCCGCAUGCGCCGGUUCGUUGGCCAGGAACUUAGACUUGCUCGCCGGUGACGAGGAGCAUGCCCGUCGAGCAGCAGCCGCUCGACGACGUCACCCGCAGAGUCUAGCCGCUGGUAUACUGGCUGGCGUUACCAACUUUGCAAUUAAUAUACUGGGCGCGGUGGGUGGUCUAGCUCAUCACCCUUUAGUGGGCGUGGCUGUAGGUGAGGGUAGUAGCGCAGCUGCUUUACGUCGAAGUCUAGUGGGUGCGGUGGCUAAGCCGCUCAGUGCCACCGCUGAUCUGGUCGCGUACGCUGGACACGGAUUACUCACGCAGGCCGGCUGGGAGGCGUUACCGCAGCCGCGGUCGUCGUGGUGGUCUGAGCGUUCGUGUAAAUGCUCUGUGUCCUGCGCUGCUGGGUGGCGGCGUGACUGCGUACGAUGGACCUUCCGAUUGGCGGAGCUGACCGCUCUCGCUGGAUACGAGGUCACUCUCAACAGGGUACAACUAGCCUUACUCAUCACGCACAAGAAAAAAUAUAAAUUAAUUAAUAUAUGAAUGUAUAUAAGAUAAAGUAAAUGUAUAAGAUCCAAAUAAGUUGUAAUCAAAAAAGAUAAAACUUCAAGUAAGGGCACUGAAAAGGUUAAAUCAUGAAUACAUAAAGUUGGUCUAGAAAAAAAAUAUAAAGUUACCUCUAAGAUGUAUCACUUUAUUUUAAGUUGUUAAGUUGUUUUUUUGCAGUUCCUAGUGGUAGCUGAUUUAGAGACUGAACGAAUAGUGGAGAUGAUAGACUUCAGAAACUGCACACUCGCACCAUACAAGGGGCCGAUCGUUGAGCUGUUUGUGACGCAGAGGCGAGUAUCAAAGAUCGCUCUGUCCCGUGCCAUGGACGAAGACGAAGAGUACCAAGUGAGUGCAGCGGCGAUGGCUCGCGUCGCCCGGUACACGGGGGCAGAGGGGUCGUCGAUGGGGGCGAGUACGGCGUCGGCGGGCACGGAGCAACGCACGCUCGAGCUGCAGGCGGAGCCGGGGCGCGCGCUAGCGUUACACGCGACACUAUCCUCCGCCAUCAGGAACAACUGCGAUACACACUUCCCGUUGCUAUGACGGUAAUGUAUAUUCGACAAGCACAAUGGUUUAUAACUGUUAAAUUUCUAUAAUAGGCGAUCGGCCAGCAAUUAGAUAAAAAAAUGUGUGUAAAUAUCGUAAAAUUAUAUUUCCGUUUUGGUGUCAUUUAUGGGUAAAUUGGUAGUGAAACUACCUAGAAAUCUAGAAAAAGCGCGAGAAACAUUCAAAGUGCAAACUAAUUUUAAUGAUUUACUCGAUUUUUAACAGGUUACAAGGGUCCGUUAUCUGUUUUAUAGAGUUAGCUAGUUAUAUUUUUUCACUAAUAAUAUCUUGUUUUUACCCCAGAAAUACGUCAUACCCCACAUAUAUUCCGAGUUGCUGUUUACAAGGUUUUUUUGAACAGUUUAAAUUUUAAACAUAGUUUUUGAUACAUAAUGAGGUAAAUUUAUAUAAAAUAUUGUUUUGUAUGGGAAUGAGCACCCAUACUGAUUAAUUUAAAACAGUUUUUUAGAAAGUUGUCCGAUCCCCCAUUGAUUUCAAUUUUAAUCACUGGGAAAUAAAAAGUUUAUUGCUAAGUUUUUAACUUUAUUGCGGUAUUAUAUAGUAAGAUACAACUAAUACGGUUCUUAUAACAACUCAUUAGAGUGCACGAAAUUUGUUGCCGUUCUUAACGAGCAGGGAAAAAUAGGGACCAAUGUGAAUGAUAGUUAUUUCAUGCAGAUAAACUAAAUAUAAUAAUAUAUAUAUAUAUCGAUUGGUCCCUAUUUUUCCCUUCCUUCAUCUGAUAAUGGUGUUAGAAAUAUAAAUUUCACGAAUAUUUCGGGCUAAAACUGAAAAUCAGUGCUUAGCUCAAUGAGUAAAUAUCCGUCGAGUUUUCGCCCAUUUCCAUCUCCGUCCGUUGAGUUAACUUGUGUUGUGCCUUACUGCUAUUUUUUAAUUACCUUUAUCUUUUUUUAUAUACAUACUGUACUGAUUUUUUUAAUUUAAAAUAUACAUGUGCGCAAUAUGAUACAAAUAAAGAAUUUAUCUGUCUAUCUAUUCAAGAAACGCGACAUCGGGUGAUAUGGUUUAUUGUAAGACGACUUUAAAUCUUAAUUGUGCAUUCGUUAGUUGUCGGAAUUGGUAAGUCUGUUCUGCACAAGCAAAUAUUCACCAUUAUUAGUUGGAUUUUACUGUAUACUCAACUCAUAUAUAUCCAAUCUACAGCAUGUCAGGUUAUGACCUUAUGCUUUGGUCUUUUGUUAUAACCUGACAUGCUGUAUGCUGAAAACCGCAUUCGUGUCUGAUGAAGAAGUGUAACUUUGUUUUUGCUCCUGUCCAUCUAAAAUAAGUAGAAACUGUUCUUAGAUCUUAAUAAUAAAACUUUUUAUAAACUAAAAUGUUUGAACACGUUCCAUAUCUUUUCAUUCUAGCUGAUCCGUUCGUGACGAGACAUACAGGAUUACAUCGUUGCCGAUGUCGAAAUACAGAAUCACAAUAAUUUAGAUCGGGUUUAAAGCAAUAUAUUUUUCAUCGAGUAAAAUACAUUAGUUUUCUUAUAGUAAGAUAAAUAAAUUAGUGAAUUUAACUAUUUCUUACUAGUGAUGAGAGUAGAUAUAACGAUAACCACUGAUUACAUUUUAAUAUUAAUCUAUCUAUCGUGGAAUGGCGUUUUCAAAAUUAUAUAUGUAUUAUCAGAAUUUUCACAAUAAUUAAUGAAGUAUGGAUUUAGGGUUGGUGCAAAUGUGACGGAAGAUGUGUCGCGGAAAGUCAGAACUGACAAAAUAUGAUUUGACCUUAAAAACCUUGCACAUUCACUACCAUAUACCUACGCAUACUUCCGUAAGAUGCUUGAGAGAUCUUCCGUCAAAUUUGCGCAACCUCUUAUCUUGAUUACCCAAUCUUUCAAAUUAAUCUUUUAAAACGUCAUUCCCUGAUGAUGAUAUUUUAUAGUGUUCAACUUGAAUAUUACAUCGUUUUCGAUGCGAUUAGUUCAAUAUUAAUUAUGAAGUUCCAUAUGAUAGGUAUAGUUUAAUGUACCGCCGCAAAAUAACGCCAAAAUUGUGUAAUAUAUUAGGUAAAUCAGUAGAUUUUUGCGUUAAGUAAAUCGAUGUGUUACUUUAAAAACGUGAUAAAAAUAUUUAAGUAAUAUUCAAUAAGAGAGAAUACGCAUUUGGUUUUAAAAAAUAAUUUCUUAACAUGUUAGUCUAAUCGCUAGAUUGAACUGCAAAUAUAAUUCAAAAUAAAGUUAACAUCACACCUUUUUGUAUAUUGUUAGAUGUAUAUAAAUGUUUACAUUUAUUUAUUAUUGUUUAUUUACAAAAUUUAUUUUGAAUUCGUUAAGAUAUUAACGAUUGACGAAAAACGAACUUUUAUAUUUAAUCUGUGUCGGUAAUUACAAGAAUGGCUUUUUGUUGAUAUAUAAUUUUUAUUGUUUAUCAAUAAAAGUUAGGUUGAAAUUUGAUUCGAUUUUAUUUUAAUUGAUCUCUUCAAAUGUUAUUUUAUACAAAGAAAAAAAAGUCUUUAAAACUUCACAAUGUAUUAUUAUUAAGACCUCUAGUGUCGAAAAUUAUGAAUUAUUUGAUUUAUGCAGCAUAUUUUAUAGACAUUCCGAAUAUUAUAAGCUACUUAAAAAUUGGAGACUGCGAAAUUGUUUUUGUAAUCUAUUAUAAUUAUUGUUAGUUAUUUUCGCUAGGUGACAUUGAUUGUAAUUUUGAGGUAAAGACGUUUAGUUGAAAAAUCACUGAUUGAUUAAAGUUCUCAAUAGAUGGCGCUAUUGUUCUAAUUUGAUAUUUGAAUUUUUACGCUAAUCAAUCCGAAGGGAUCGCAAAAAGAAGU